AGAGAACAGUUCAUCAGAGUUAAACUCUAGGGACGUAAAUAAGGUUUGGGUUCAGUUUCUGGUUCUGUUUGAAUAAAAACACAUUAACAAGAAAAUAGAAUAAGGUAUACCCCUAUGGUAAAUGGGCCAUGUUUAAUACAACUUUACUAGUACUUUCUAUCCAAGUAAAAACUACAUAGAUUUACUCUUAAAAUUCUGAUGCUCCAAAAUCAAAAUACUUAGCAGCAAACUAAUGAAAGAAAUCUGGUGCCCUUAGUUUUCUGCCAAAAAAGUAAUUAUUUGGCAUUGUGAGAGUCUGCUUAGCCAAAGGAAAUACAUUUUUUUAAAAAUGGAGAUAGAAGCUGGUGGCAAAGAAUUAUUAGGGCCAGAAACAGUAAAUACCAUAUAUUUUCGCAACAUGCUAUUUAGGGUACUGAACUCUGAUUAACUGAAAUCUACUUCAUUGGUUAGAUUGGCAUUAACAUCCUGAGUCAAAUUAGCCAACCACAUCUUCAUAAGUUCAACAAACUCAGCUACUUGAUAAAUACACAUCACUGGGAUGGAUAAGAUGUGCAUAACAGUUUUUCUGUAUAAGCUGCAGGACAGAGAUUUUGCUCUCUUUAUACUCAUGUCAGCAGUUCUGCAAGAAAGAAAUAUGCUACCUAGAUAGAUGACCUAUAGCUGAAGAGUGCAUUCUCUUGAAUAUGGGCAGAGCUCUGCAGAAUCCAAUAUAAACAAUGUCCCUUCAGACUCCUUUCCCAACAAUACAUUUGAGGGUGGAGAGAAUUUCUCUUCAGACUUCCUUCCUUCCCCAGUGUAUACAGGAGAAAGCUUACGGGGGUUUCUAUGAGAUUCUGAAAUAUUUUGUUGCUCCCUUCCUGUCAACUUUUAAAUUGUAAGGGUAAAUAAUAGUGAAACUAUCCAAGAUUGUGGGAGAAACAGGCGAGAUUUUUUAUUUUUUAUAAUAUGAGAUUGAUGUUUAAAUGUUGACACGUUGACAACGUGGAUGACUACAGAUUUCCUUAUUUUUGUAUUGAUUGCUAGUUAAGGAUGUGAUUGGGACACAAGACAUUCUUCCAUAGAGAAAAAAAACAUCUGGAUGAGUAUUGUGUCCUUUGGACAUUUAGCUGAAGCUCCCUGUUCCUUGCUGCAAUGCACACAUUGGCAUUGUACUUAAAGGGCUUCAUUAGCUUGCAAUUAGUUUCUGCAGAAAGGAGAAAAUAACUCAGAAGUAUGUAUACAAUUACAAACCACAGCAGCAAACCAUUGUUUACAGCCUAGUACUACUGUCUUGAUGUGUGCAUUGACACCAAGAAUAAAAUAUCUAACCAAACCUUGGCUCUGCUGCCAUAGGACAUCUGCACUGUAGAAGAACAUGCUAAAUCCAAAUCACCGAGGAGUUUUAUGUAUUAAAAGAAAGUUAAAUUACUUUCUUUGCAAAUCUGUAUUGGAGGUUUUGUGUCAAGCCAUUUCCAAAACUAUAUCGGCAAAAAACUGACUUUAGACAUGUAAUUCCCUUAGCUGGGGAAAUCUGGGAGUUGAAAUUAUCAAAUUUGUAAAACACUGGAUUAGUUUGGCUUUUGAGCAAUUAUUUUUAAAGGGCUGCAGUUGAUAAUAACCAUCUGUCAGGACAAUGUAGCUUGUGGAAAUGGCUUUAGAUUAUUCAAAUGUAAAACUGCAGAGUAUUAUUGUUUUAAAGUCUAUCAAAACCAUGAAAUAAAAGAAAGUGCAAUAUCAUGGCCUGGAUCUCAAAAAAAAAGUGAUUUUUUAAAUCUAACUAAUUGGCAUUCAGCCUGAAACAUACCUCUCUUUAAGCUGAAUUAAAAGGACAGGACCUAACUGAAAAUAGGAAACUGGUUUAAAUUGCUGGAGUUACAACCAUAUUUAGUUUCAGUUGUGAUCUGUAAAAUUGUUUACCGACUAUACUUUGGAUAGAUUUGUAUGUUUAACAACAAAAAUGAAUACAAAUAAUGUGUAGGUCCAUUGAAACCUUUUGAUGGGUCAGGACUCUAAGAAAGAAAUCUACUAGGAAGUCCUGUUCAUCUUGUAAGAAAUAUGAGCUCAUUACAGGAGUAACAUUUGAAUAUUUGCAGAACAAAGUUUUAAAGCAAUUCCGUUUAAUAGUUUUAAUGUCAAAAUGUCAAAACUUACUGGGAAGUUAAACAAUCCAUUUAAUUGCUUGUUAAAAAAUACUAGGGUUUUUUUUUUAAAUAAAAAAAAUCUUCAGUUACAUUGUUGCUAGGCAGCUAGGGGAAAGAUUACACUAGAGAAGAUGAAGAGGUGAUCAGGUGGUUUUCUCUGUCCCUUGCUGAUCGAAACUGUUACAGAUGGUCUGGCAAACUAAACUGAACUCAAUGGUAUGCCCCAGAAAAAGGAGAAGAGAGCAAAUAAAGAGGAAGCAGCAACAGGUCUUACAAACAUUAACACACCACAAAAGAAACGGCUUUGGGCUAUUUUCAUCAGAUUCUGGUCUACUUGUCAGGACCCACAUUUUAAAAAUCCAGAAGCUAUAGUAUAAAACAAACUUUUUAAUUCCUGGCAACCCUACUUUAAAGGCCUACUUUGUUUAGUUAAAAGCAUUGGCAGGAGCCAUCAAGCUACAGUAGCACCAAUCUUUGCUAACAGAAAGGAGGAAAAAACUAAAAAGAUAGCAAUUAAAAUUCCGUCUUGGUUAUAUAUUUCAUCCUUUAAAACAUUUGGUUAAAGAUUACAUUGAAAGCCUGCAGCACAUACCUAUUAAAGCAAUUGUGCAGACUGCCUUGGUUAUUACAUUUCUGAGAAUGCCAAUGGCAGCAACUGUCUGGAGUUCAGAAAAGGAUGGAGACUCUGUGGAAAGUAAUAAAAACAGCGAAGGUCCCAAUAGCACAGCAAUUCCUGAUGGAGGAUGGGGCUGGCUGAUUGUUCUCAACUUUUUUCUAGUAAAUGUAUUUGUAAUUGGAACACUGAAAAACUUUGCCAUUUUCUUUGUGGCUUUUCAAGAAGACAUUGGUGGCUCUUCUGAACAUGUCAGCUGGAUUGGUUCCAUUAUGUCCUCGCUUCGAUUCCUAGCAGCACCUCUGGUAACUACAGUGUGUGAAGUGCUAGGAGAACGGAAAACUUCCUUGUUAGGGGCUCUCCUGGUUGGUGCUGGUUUUCUUAUCAGCACACUGGCCACAAGCAUUCCUUUUCUUUGGGUCUCUAUGGGACUCCUAACAGGGUUGGGUUUUUGUCUGUUAUAUCAGACAGCUGCCGUCAUGAUAGUUAAGUACUUCAGGAAAUAUCUGGCUUUAGCCAAUGCAAUUGGCCGCUCGGGAAUGGGGCUGAGUGUUGUGCUAACACCACUUGUUCAAUUCCUGAUAGAAAUGUACAGUUGGCAAGGUUUCUUAUUGAUAUAUGGCGGCAUCAUGUUGAACCUUGUACCUUCUAGCCUGUUACUACGGCCAGUUCAUAAGAAAAAAACUAGAGACAUAGGUCCUAAAAGUGAAGGCCAAAUGGUUGUACUAAGUAUGUUUCGAGAAGCUUUCAAAGGCAGCCUAGAUAAAACCUGCACCAGAGAAUUGAACAUACUGGAUCCUCCCAAUCAAGAAUGUGCUAAAUCAGACAACCUGCAACAGUCUAAUAAUUUAGUCUCAAUUAUCUACAAGUUUUCUGGAAUGCCACAGAAAAACACUUGUGUGGAUGCCUAUAAGAAUGAUAACCAAACUGGUGAUCAAAUUUGCAUCCGAUCAAAUGAAGGAAAAUCCAGGGUGCAGUCUUUUAUCCAGAAGCAAUGCCAUCUUGUUGUCUCUCACCUGAAAAAUCCCUUCUUCCUUAUUUUCACGUGGUCUUUUCUCUUCAGUCAGCUUGCCUAUUUUAUCCCAACUUUCCACCUUGCAGCCAGAGCCAAAACAUUGGGUAUUGAUCCAAUGGAUACUGCUUACAUCAUAUUAGUAGCUGGGAUAGUAGAGACAGUCAGUUUACUAGUCUCUGGCUGGAUUGCUAGUCAAAAGUGGACUAAGACAUACCAUUACCAUAAAACAUACCUCAUUCUUUGUGGGCUCACUAAUCUGCUGUGUCCUCUGGCUACAACCUUUCCAUUACUUAUGAGUUACUCUGUAAUUUUUGCCAUUUUCAGUGGUGGAUAUCUUGCAUUGCUGCUUCCUGUGCUGGUAAAUCUUGUAGGUGCAGCCAGAUUUCACAGUGCCUUGGGACUUGCCUCAUUCAUUUCUGGGUUUGGAGUUAUUGUUGGACCUCCUAUAGCAGGUUGGCUGUAUGAUUACACACAGACGUAUGCAUGCUCCUUCAUUUUGGCUAGUAUAUGUUUCCUUGUUUCAUCCAUUUCAUUUUUCUUGGAACCUUUAGCCCAAAAAUGGAGACACGAAAGUUGAAUCCACUAUAUCAGCAGACAAAAUUCUGCAAUUCUCCAAAGCUUGAUCUUGUAGAAAUUAUAAAUUUUCAACAAUAAACUUAAUUAUGGGAUAGUGGCUACAAGGUGUCUUUCAAAAAUAUUCUGGAUAUUCUGGACAGCUAUAAGCUAUGCUGUGAUUAUAUAUUGCUGUAUCGUUGCAUGUGGUCAAAUAGAAGCUGCUCAGCUAUUUGUUAUGGAUGCUUUGAUUCCUGCAAUCACCAAAGAGUCAUGGUCAAAACGGCUUCUUUGAAUUGUUGUUUCAUUUAGCCAAUUGUGUUCGAGUCUGAAAAUUAUUGCAGUUAUUAUCCAAAGCAAAUGGAAAUGUUAAAUUAGAUAUCCCUUCUCGUACCUUGACAGCUGCUUGAUCAAUAGUCCAAAAUAGAGGAACAGGGGAGAUGCAAGUUUAAG